AUGGUUUCCACACCGGCCGCCUGGUGCUCCGUCGCUCUGGCCCUGCUUUUGGCCCUGCAUGAAGGCAAGGGCCAGGCAGCUGCCACUCUGGAGCAGCCAGCCCUGGCACCCAAGGGCCACGGCCCCCACCUGCGUUUUCGCCGUUGCUCCUGCAACUCCUGGCUUGACAAGGAGUGUGUGUACUUCUGCCACCUGGACAUCAUCUGGGUGAACACUGCAGGACAGACAGCUCCCUACGGCCUGGGAAACCCGCCAAAGCGCCGGCGCCGCUCCCUGCCAAGGCGCUGUGAGUGCUCUACUGCCGGGGACUCUGCCUGUGUCACCUUCUGCCAUCAAAGACCCUGGUCUGAAACUGUGGUCACCCCAAGCAGCCAGGCUCCUGGAGCUGUGUUAAAGACUGGCAAGAAGCAGGCCGCUGAGGGAGGCCUCCUCCAAAAGCUAAGGGACAUUUCUGCCUCCAAGCUCCGCUUUGCCAGGCUACAGCCAGAGGUGACAAGAGAGUCGGGUCCUGCACACUCUAGACGGAGGAAAAGAUAACCCUGUGAGCGGCAGGACCACUGAGAAGGA